AUGACUGGUCGGCAACUAAAUUCUUUUCUUUCUUUUUUAGUAUUACUUCUAGUUGCAUCCUGGAUACAAUGUGCAUCAGCAAGCAAUGGUGAUUUACACCCAUACUAUAGGACAUGCUUAAAUAACUGUCUUACCAUUGACUGUAAUCAGAAUCCUUCACAAAAUGGAAUGCUCCCCUGGUAUUUGAGAUCACUUUUUUGGGACUGUGGUAGCAAUUGCCGUUACGAAUGUCAAAUUGAUACUGAACACUACUUUGCCGUAAACGGAAUUCCCUCUCAGCAGUACUUUGGUAAAUGGUACUUUAUUCGAAUCUGUGGCGUCCAGGAGUUCUUUAGCGUCUUAUUCUCUGUACUUAAUCUAAUCGUUCACUACAAUGGUUAUCAACGUAUGCGUCGUUGCAUUCCAGAUUUUCACCAUAGUAAGUCAUUGUGUCUUAUAUGGGCCAUUAUCGGCAUGAACGCAUGGGUAUGGAGUAGUGUUUUCCACAUUCGCGACACUCCUUUAACCGAGAAGUUGGACUAUUUUUCAGCCGGUGCUUUUGUUUUAUUCGGCUUAUAUAAUUCGCUCCUUCUGAUGUUCAAAUUAGAUCUCAAGCGCGGAGGUAGAACCGCAACAUUCAUACUCGGAAUCCUCUUUUUCGUCGCUUUUGUGGCACAUGUCAGUUAUCUGUCUUUUUAUACCUUCGAUUACGGUUACAACAUGAAGGCGAACCUUUCUGUAGGCUUGCUCUCAAACCUCGUUUGGUACUACUAUUCAUGGUCACAUAGAAAUAUCGGACUUUCUUGGACAAAGGUGCCUGCUUUAUCUGUAACCGCCUUGAUGCUCUCUGCUUCCUUGGAGCUUUUCGAUUUCAGUCCAAUUGCAAAUCUAGUUGAUGCUCAUGCCCUUUGGCAUCUGGCUACAGUACCUAUUACUUACUACAUUUACGGUUUUGUAAUAAAAAGCUCGGUUUAUGACAUAAACGAUACUUCUCCGAAGCUCAAAUCCAUGUACGGCAAAGAUUGA